CAUUGGUUGAUUCGCUCCUGUAGAAGUUGACCGUAGUCUUCGGUGAGAAGUAAAGUGACGUGGAGAGUUACUCACUUCUAAAACUUUAUAAACUGUAGGAUUACUUUGUACAAAACUCUAUGGUGACCUUAAUAAACAUAUAAUUUUAUUAAAACAUAAGAAACUUGACGUCUAACCAGGAAUCGUGGAAACGGCUCGACCAGCUAACCAAUUAGCUGGCUAACAGCAGGAAGAGCUCCUGUUUAUAGCGUGCAAAUUCAGGGUUAUGUAAGUGAAGCAUCAUUUUAUCACCUGAGCAUAGUCAUGGAAGAAUAAGUAAUGACGUGAGCGACGAGUGUUGGCAUUUACUCCACAAGAACCCGCUCCAGCACCGGCCAGCUUGGUUGUAUUGAAACAGGGAAACAUCAGAGACUGCUGCCAGGAUGAGCUCUCUGCUCCGAGGUGAGGAAAUGUGUCUGGCCCAGCUGUUUCUGCAGUCCGGGUCAGCUUACGACUGCAUCAGUGAACUGGGAGAACUGGGACUGGUGGAGUUCAGAGACCUCAAUCCUAAUGUGAACGCGUUCCAGCGAAAACACGUCAACGAGAUCAAAAAAUGUGAAGAGAUGGAGAGGAUCCUCGGUUAUCUUUUGAGGGAAAUCAAGAAAGCAGUUAUUUCACUGCCAGAAAGAGAUCUGAAUCCUGUGGCUCCUUCACCUAAGCAUAUGAUGACUAUAAUGGAGCAGCUGCAGAGACUUGAGGUUGAACUAGGUGAGGUGACCAGAAACAAGGAAAAGCUGCAGAAGAAUUUGCUGGAACUUACAGAGUACACACACAUGCUUCGCAUCACCCGCAACUUUGUACAGAGAACUGCUGAGGGAGAACCGCUACAAGUCCAGUAUGAGGAGUUUCCAUUUCUAGAAAAAGACACAAGGAUGGACUACAGCAGUAUGCAGAGGCUAGGAGCCAAACUGGGUUUCAUUUCAGGGCUGAUUCAAAGAACAAAGAUCGAAGCCUUUGAGCGAAUGCUUUGGAGAGUGUGCAAAGGUUACACCAUCCUGAGCUGUGCAGAGGUCGAAGAGUACCUGGAAAAUCCCGACACAGGUGAGCCCACUAAAAGUGUAGUGUUCCUCAUCUCUUACUGGGGGGACCAAAUUGGCCAGAAAGUGAAGAAGAUCUGCGACUGCUACCACUGUCACUUGUAUCCAUAUCCCUGCAGCAACGAUGAGAGGAACGAUGUUGUGGAAGGCCUGAGAACUCGCAUUCAGGAUCUCCACACAGUACUUCACAGGACGGAGGACUACCUGAGACAGGUCCUGAUCAAGGCUUCAGAAUCCGUCUACACUUGGGUUGUCCAGGUCAAGAAAAUGAAGGCCAUAUACUAUAUUCUGAACCUCUGUAGUUUCGAUGUGACUAAUAAGUGCCUGAUUGCUGAGGUGUGGUGUCCCGUUAAUGACAUUCCCAAACUGCGGAGAGCCCUGGAAGACGGAUCGAGAAAAAGCGGAGCAACCGUUCCCUCUUUUGUCAAUCGUAUUCCUACCACUGAUACCCCCCCGACGAUGAUAAGGACCAACAAAUUUACCUCCGGCUUCCAAAACAUCGUGGAUGCCUAUGGAGUGGGCUCCUACAGGGAGGUCAACCCCGCUCCCUUUACAAUCAUAACCUUCCCAUUCUUAUUUGCUGUGAUGUUCGGGGACCUGGGUCACGGAGUCAUUAUGUCUCUGUUUGCUUUCUGGAUGGUGCGGUACGAGAACAACCGCAAACUAAAAAACACCAGGAAUGAGAUCUGGAACACGUUCUUUGAAGGGCGUUACAUCAUUCUGAUGAUGGGCCUGUUCUCCAUCUACACCGGCCUGAUUUACAAUGAAUGUUUCUCAAAGUCGCUGAAUAUGUUUGGCUCUGGAUGGAGCGUUAACGCAAUGUUUAAAGCGGGAGUGUGGUCGAAUGACGUCCUUCAGGGUAAUCGUUUUCUGACUCUGGAUCCAAAUGUUACAGGAGUCUUUAAAGGACCAUACCCUUUUGGAAUUGACCCAAUCUGGAACCUGGCAUCCAAUCGUCUUACAUUCCUCAACUCUUAUAAGAUGAAAAUGUCAGUGAUAUUGGGCAUCAUACACAUGUGCUUCGGCAUCAUCCUCAGCACUUACAAUCACCGAUACUUUAGGAAGAAGUACAACCUGUAUUUGGUAUUUCUGCCUGAACUCCUGUUCCUGUUGUGUCUCUUUGGCUACUUGGUUUUCAUGAUAUUCUACAAGUGGCUAGUCUUUACUGCAAAGGACUCUAGACGGGCCCCCAGCAUUCUCAUUCACUUCAUUAACAUGUUCAUCAUGCAGGGGGAAGCUCUGAAGCCCCUCUACCCAGGACAGACUGGCCUGCAGGUACUCCUGGUGGUUAUUGCUGUUCUUUCAGUGCCUGUUUUACUGCUGGGGAAACCGGUCUACCUCUACUGGCUUCAGAACGGAGGCCAAAACCGUCUAGGAAUGUACAGGGGAUAUGAGCGUGUGCGGCGAAACAGUGAUGAAGAGCUCUACCUUCUGAGGUCUGAAGAAAUGGAGGAGGGCAGCAGUCACAGUGAUCUCUCCAGUAGUGGAGAGCGCCUCUCAGAGGAGUUUAAUUUUGCAGAUGAGUUUCUUCAUCAGGCCAUCCACACAAUAGAGUAUUGUCUGGGUUGCAUCUCAAACACAGCCUCCUACCUGAGACUCUGGGCUCUCAGUCUGGCGCACGCCCAGCUGUCAGAGGUGCUUUGGUUCAUGGUGAUGAGAGUAGUACUUCGAAUGGACACGGCUCUCGGUGUUAUAUUCCUGGUUCCUGUGUUUGGUCUGUUUGCUGUUCUCACUGUGUCCAUCCUUCUCGUCAUGGAAGGACUAUCUGCCUUCCUUCAUGCCCUUCGGCUACACUGGGUUGAGUUUCAGAAUAAAUUCUACAGCGGGACUGGAGUCAAGUUCUGUCCUUUUUCCUUCUUUCUGCUGCCUUCCAGCUUUGAACAUGAUGGAUUACUUUGAAGGGACCAAUAAUACCAAGAGAUUGUGGAGCAAUAGCUCUUAAAGACAUAAUACAGAGAUGUCAAACAGUUAUUUUCAUAUUUAUAUUUUCUUUGUUUUCAAUUUACAUGAAGAAAUUACCACACUGGCCUCUCAGUUGUAUUUUGGAAAAAAAAACAAAAAAAAACACUGGUGAACAGAGUGUGGAUUGAUGCAGAUUCAUGGAAAAAAGAAGGUUUUGCUCCAUGAUCAAGAUCACGGUAUUACUAGCAAAGGUUUAUGUGAUUAAAUUAAAAAAUUGCAAAAUGAUGAAAUACACACAUCAUUUUGAUUUGACACAAAACAAAUCCUAAAAUGUGAAAAGGCAAUGUCUUGUAAACUUUAUUGCGGGUUUCUCAAUAAAAAUUAAACAACAUUUAGUUUUUUGCUCACAUAUAAUUUUUAUCCAUAGUUUGUUUUGCCCAUUAUUUUGUACUGCAUAUCAUCGUUUACUGCAUAUUUUCCUAACUUGUGUUGACCCUUUUCUUUAAGCUUCAGCUUAUCUGAUCUGGUUUCAGUCAGCCGGGUUAGUUGAGCUAACUUUAUGGGUCUGCUUCAGCGUUUGGGUGACUUUGAGUGUGUAUUUUCUUUCCUGGAGUGGAAACCAAUGACAUUAAAUCAACAGCCACAGGCAGAUAGUGGCAUCUUUUCUUUUUCGAUUAUUGGGAGUUCUGGGUUCUGCAAAACUGUCCACUAAUGCUGAAACUUCCCCCAAGCAGGUAAAUGUAGCAGAUUGCCACUAUGAACCCAACAAGGCAACGGAAAGUGACCACCAUCGAAUUGGAUUUGUUUCCUAAGGCCUGCUGGCAGCUUUUUUUUUUUUCAAAUUUGAAAUCCACUUGUCUCAUGUUAAAAUUAUGAUAUUUGUAUUGUAUUUGGGAUCUGAUUUACCCUUACGAACCCUACACUAAUGAAAGACCCCCCCAUGAGACUAGUGUCCAUUACCUUUCUUUGACAAGUAGAGUUCUGCCAAACACAGGGGCUUAUUUUUUCCUCCACAGACUUUUUACUCUGUUUAGAAGAUGGCAUAUAUUGACAUCAGAGCAGAGUCCAUCAUGCUCCUCCCUGAACAAAAUGGUGAAUUUGCUCCAUCUAAGGGGCAUCUCUGUGACGCAUUACUUUAAAUUUGGCUGACAGUUUUACAAAGGUACAACCCCAUGCCAGCUCGUACUUUGUGAGCACCUUCAUUUUAUAAUCCUGCCACAGUGGGAGAUUUAAAGGUUUCUUUGGGCGAAAUUAAAUUUGAUGGUGCAUUUGCAGAAUUAGUUUUUUAAAAUUUUUUAUUGUAUUUUCAAACAAAAUGGCAGAUGAAGAUGGGUGGGCUUAUGUGUGUGCAUCCUCAAUGUUGCUUUUGCACUAGUCGAUAACGGUCAGUCUCGUUUUCCGUGAAUAGAUAAAUUAAAUUAAUCUGUUGACUUCAGCUUUGUUGGUUUAAAAAUCUUACAUCUGUAUUCAGCACAUUGGAGAUUUGAAUCAGGUUUUUUGAGUUUGCUUGUAGUACUAAAUGAAAACAAUUUAAGGAUUUUUCUUUAAUCAGUUCUGGAUGAAAGAAUGUCUGCAUUUUCUGUUGUUGACGUGAUUUACAUAACGCUAAAACUGCAUAUUUCUGCCAUACUUGUUUUUUUUUAAAUUAUUUGUACCAAAAACAUUUUAACAGACGACACUCAUGUUAUUUUAGCUCCUGUUUCACACUCAGCAGAGAUUGCCUGCUUGUGUCUCUGUUUUUGUUCUGUCCCUUUCUGUUUUUUGGUUGUUGUUUUUUUUUUAUACCUGACAAGCUGAAUGUCAAAGCACAAGAAACCAGGUAUUAACAGUCCAUGAAAAAGGCUUUCUUAUCUUUUAGUCAUUUUAGCUAAGCUAAGUCAUUUGUUGAGAAAAUGGGUAUGGUCUUUUCUCUCAUGCAGGUCUUAUUUGACCAUUCUUUUAAUAAAUCUUUUUUCCCCAUUGAUAAACACUCCACGUUGUAUCUCUUUUGAAGAGAGCUUGCGUUAAUAAAUUUAUUACAUUUUCAGGA